ACUUUAACGUCAGGAAGGGAAAGUGAGAGUUUGUCAGAGCAGCAGCCGUCGAAACGAGACGAGUCUCUGUCUCUGAAAGGAAAUUCAGACUAAGUUCAUCAGGUCUUUCUCAACAACACAGCUGAGUCUUUUCCAAACACUGAUAUGGCUGCUGUCAGCUGUCUGCUGUCUGAAGAUCAGUUCCUGUGCUCCAUCUGUCAGGAUGUGUUCACUGAUCCUGUCAGCACACCAUGUGGACACAACUUCUGUAAAAACUGCAUCAGCACACACUGGAAAACUAAUGACAGGUACCAGUGCCCGCUGUGUAAAGAGGUUUUCCACAUUAGACCUGAGCUGCAUAUCAACACUUUCAUCUCUGAGAUGGUUUCUCAGUUCAAGUCAGCUCAGCAGGAAGCCAGCAGCAGCAGCAAGAGCAGCAGCUCGGAUCAACAAGAGUCCAAUCCAGGAGAAGUUCCCUGUGACGUCUGCACUGGAACCAAACUGAAGGCCCUGAAGUCCUGCCUGGUGUGUCUGGUCUCCUACUGUGAGACUCACCUGGAGCCUCAUCUGACAGCUUCAGGCCUGAAAAGACAUCAGCUGAUCGACCCUGUGGAGAACCUGGAAGCCAGGAUGUGUACGAAGCACGAUAAACCUCUGGAGCUGUUCUGUAAGACCGACCAGACAUGUGUCUGCAUGCUCUGCCCUGUUUUAGACCACAAGAUGCACGAUGUUGUUCCUCUGAAGGAAGGAUAUGAAGGAAAGAAGGCCGAGCUGGGGAAGACAGAGGCUGAAAUUCAGCAGAUGAUCCAGAAGAGACGACUGAAGAUUCAGCAGAUCAAACACUCGGUUGGUGUCAGUGAAGAAGAUGCAGACAAAGCAAAAGCAGAAGGUGUUGAGAUCUUCACUUCUCUGAAGGAGUUUGAGAGAGGCCUGAAGGAGCUCAUCGACACCAUCGAAGAGAAGCAGAGAACAACAGAGCAACAGGCUGAAGGCUUCAUCAAAGAGCUGGAACAGGAAAUCUCUGAGCUGAUCAAGAGAAGGACUGAGGUGGAGCAGCUCUCACGCUCUGAAGACCACCUCCAUCUUCUCCAGAGUGUCCAGUCCCUGAACAUCCACCCUCCACCCACCAAGGACUGGACAAAGGUCAGAGUGCAUCUUUCAUAUGAAUGGAUUGUGUUAAGAGCUGUGAAUCAGCUGGAGGAUAAACUCAGUAAAGAGAUGAAGCAGCUGGUCAAAGCUGAGCUGGAGAGGGUCCAGCAGUAUGUAGUGAAUGUGACUCUUGAUCCUGAUACAGCAUAUCCCUAUCUCACCCUAUCUGAAAAUGGGAAAGAAGUGAAUUGUGAUGGUGUGUGUAAGUUUCCUCCUAACAACCCAAAGAGAUUUACUCGUUGUAGAAUUGUCUUAGGAAAGCAGAGUUUCUCUUCAGGCAGAUUUUACUUUAAGGUUCAUGUUAAAGGAAAGACUAAAUGGACUUUAGGAGUGGCCAGAGAGUCGAUCAACAGGAAGGGACAAAUCAAAUUGAGCCCUGUGAAUGGUUACUGGACUGUAGGGUUGAGAAAUGGAAAUGAGUACAAAGCUUAUUCUGGCCCGUCAGUCCGUCUCUCUCUGAAGUCUCGGCCUCAGAAGGUGGGGGUGUUUGUGGAUUAUGAGGAGGGUCUGGUCUCCUUUUAUGACGUAGAUGCUGCAGCUCUUAUCUACUCCUUUACUGGCUGCUGCUUCACUGACAAACUCUUCCCAUGCUUAAGUCCCUGUCUUGAUGAUGGUGGUGAAAACGCUGCCCCUCUGAUCAUCUCUCCUGCCAAAGUAUACCAACGGUUUCAAUUGUUUCCCUUGGAAAGGAGUGGUAGCAGCAGAGGUGAAGCGAAAUCUUUUUUGCGUGCGUAGUACGUCUGAAUAUAAAACCCCAAACACAACAUGUCUCAAUAGCAUUGCUCAUGUCCAUGAGCAUGUGAUGCCCAUUAGAAUAGCUAGUUUUACGUGAGCUUUCGAUGAAUGUUUGGGUGGUGGUGGUAGUCAUGGUCAGGGGAGUGGGGGGUUUGCAGGUCCUCCACCAAGAAUAUUUCAUGUUUUCCAAUGAAAAAUAUGUAAUUUCACAUCAUCUUGGGCUAUUAUUUUC